AUGCCUCAAUUUGUCCAGAAACAAUCUUUUGAAGUCAAUUCCUACACAAAUUGUGUUUUAUUUAACGAAUUUUCGAUACUUAAUGAAUUUCCAAGUGUUAGAAGUGAUUGCCAAAAUGCUUUAAAUUUAACUAAGACGCUCACAUGGGGUGUGGAUCAUGGAUGUUCGCUUUUUGUGACGUCAAAUGAGUGUAUUGACAUCUUCUUCGACCGUUUUUUGGAGAUUCAUGACAUGGCAAAUGCUAAAUAUGAGAAAAAAGUUCUCGUUAUUGUAGAUUUUCAUACAGAAAUUGACGUUUUAAGGACAUUGGGGAGUGAAAUGGUCACGAGAUGGAUUCCUUUGACAUUAGUUCUCCAACCACAUCAUUCCGGGCAAUGGAUCAACAUUUAUUCGGGAUUUGGAUCUGAUGUUAAUAGAUUUUUCAUUGAAAAUUCAACUUUGGAACAUGACAAGCCUCUAAUUCCUCAAAUUUUAACGGAUUUCGGAGGAAAAGAAAUCGUAACCGCCCUUUUUGAGUACCCGCCGUUCGUGUCAAUAGCGAAAGUUGAUGCUGGAAUGGGAAAUGCGAACCUUUUUGGCUCGAAUGAAACACUUUCUAUCAAAUUGCAAGGCUUUGAAGCUCUUUUAAUGGUCGAAUUUUGUCGCAUAUUCAACUGUGUGAUCUCCGCUCGGCUCGAAUACGAUGAAGAUAUGUGGGGAUGGGGCUUCCGCAAUCACACCGGAUAUGGAAUUAUGGGAGCUAUUCUCAAAUAUGACGCGGAUUUGACCGCCGCUGGAUGUUAUUUGAUGCACGAUCGUUAUGAAUUGAUCCAAUAUUCGUAUGCGAUUCAACGAUCUUCUGUUAUUCAUAUUUUACCGAAGCCGAAACCUCUUCCGUUGUGGAAUAUUCCCCUUUUACCGUUUUCUGCGGUUAUUUGGAAGAACGUCGCUAUAGUUUUGACAACAGUUGCCAUCUUUAUUUUCAUUUUGAAUCGCAUUCAAGUUCGAUAUUUGCCGAAAUUUUCAAAAAAUUCCACUUUAAUUGUCGUUCAAAUGAGUCUUUUUCAAAAUGUGGAGCGCUUAAAUUACUCUACAGCGACAAAUUCGAUCAUUUACGGCACAUUUCUCAUCUACUCGAUCAUGAUCGGGAAUUUUUACAUCGGAGGUUUGUCAAGUAUUAUGACUGUCACGCCCUACGAACCGCCAAUCGACUCUUUGGAAAAACUAAUAUCGUCAAAUCUCAAAUGGGGAGGCAACACAAUCUCGUGGACGUAUGCCAUUAAGGAAUCCAGUGACCCGAAUCACCAAAAAUACGUUUCAAAAUUCAUCGUUCCUGAGACGGAGGACUUGCAAAAGCUGAUAAAAGACGAAAAAAUUGCAGUUGCUUUAGAUAGAACGCAAGCAGGCACGGCUUCGGUUCAUAAUUUGCUAACUCGAGACGAUUCCAAGCACUUGAUGAUCAUGAAAGAGCGACUUUAUGCACAAUAUUCCGUUUUGAUAGCCAGCAAAACGUUUCCCUACAUGGAACAACUCAACAAAAUGGCGUUUUGGCAGCAAGAAAGCGGAAUCCGGGAAAUUUGGGAGUACGAAACGGUCGUGCGGAAAAUGGAUUAUGUGGUUCAACGAAAUCUCGUGGAUAAUAUGAAACCGCCGACGAAUAAGGAGCCGGUAAAAUUGUCAGUUCCUCACAUUUUUGGAGCGGGAUUCAUUUUGUUGUUUGGAUAUUUGUUUGCAACAAUUGCUUUUGCAGCAGAAAUUUUUCACAGCAAAUACGUUCGACGAGUCAAAAAGAACUGA